CCGAGUUCUAUGAUGAUUUACCCCAUAACCCUCCUGGCCAUCGUGGCCUUGAUCGGUAGCUUUGGAGCAACUGAUGCUGAUAUCAACAUCUGCUCGAAUGUGGUAGACAACCUUUUCCUGCCGCACGUAAGCAACUGCACCAAGUACUACCUGUGCAUGAGUGAGACAGCCAUUCCCCGGGAGUGUCCCAAAGACUAUUACUUCGAUUCCCGCGACCAGGAGUGCGUUGGGGUGAUGGAGGCCUCCUGCAUUCCGUCAUGCAAGGCCCGUGGUCUGGAGUCCUUCAGCUACGACCGCACCUGCAAUAAGUACGUGCUCUGCUUCGAUGGCACCCCAGUGGUGCGCGCCUGCUCCGAUGGUCUGCAAUACAACUCCCAGACCGAUCGCUGCGACUAUCCCCAGUAUGUGGACUGCGCGGACAACCUGUGCAUCCGGGAGAACAAUCCGGAGGAUAUUGUGUUCAUACCCAGCAAGGCGAGCUGUAGCAAGUACUACGUCUGCCUGAACGGCCUGCCUACGGUCCAAAACUGUUCCAAUGGUCUGCAGUACAACUCGAAAACCGAGAGCUGCGACUUUGCCUCCAAGGUCAACUGUACGGUUGAGAGUCUGCAACGCAAUAUCUUGCCAUUCGCCCGAGCUCCUCCACGCAGCGCAGAUAUCAAGUGUCCCUCGGAGGGAGCCCACUUCAUUGCCCACCAGAAGCGCCCGGAUGCGUACUACUACUGCCUGAAUGGACGCGGCGUCAUCCUGGACUGCACACCUGGUCUGGUGUUUGAUGCCCAGCGUGGAGAGUGCCGAGAGCCGCGAUUCGUAGGCGCUUAA